AGAUUUUUGUUGAGUUUUCAUUACAGAAGCAUGAUUGAUUGAGUCAUGGUACAUGGGACUCAGUCUCCACCCUUCUUCCCUUUCCAGAGAUCCAGCUGAUAACUCGUGGUUCAAAGCCCCAGCUUUCUAAUUACACGUUUGGUCUUUCUGCUGUGCCCAGACCUUACCCAGACCUAAUGUCAUCUCUUCAGCAUAAACUAUCUAGGGGCCCAUAGUGAGUCAUCUGUUGUCGUAAAGUAUCAUGUACAUCCCUAGGGACUCACCAUGAACAACAAAGACAUGCCUGUCUCUCUGGAGAUACCCAGUUUACAGGUUACUUCCUUAGAGCUGGGGCAAGGACCAUACUUCUCUUUGGAGAUAGUUGAAUUGGCAUUAUACACUUCCUGUCCUUUAUCAGGGCUGCAUUAGAUGCCUUUUCCUAGUGGGUUUUUUUUUUCAGCCGUGCCACUUGGCUUGCGGGAUUGUAGUUCCCCCACCAGGGAUUGAACCUGGGCCUGGCAGGCAGUGAAAGCACAGAGUCCUAACCACUGUACCAUUAUAGAAUUCCCUUUUCCUCGUGUUCUUACAGCAACAUGGGAUGUCUUCGAUUAAAGGAAACUGAAAGCCCACAGAGGCAUUAUUACUCUGUCCAGCCAAGCCUGUGAAAUUGUGGCAUUAUGUCCAUUGCAGACUCUCUUACUGGGUCCGACUUUCAAGGUGUCAGCAGUCUAAUGACCAAGAAAGAAAGAAGUUACAAUGUUGAGAUUCAGAGUUGACAAAGGAAAACCCAAGACCACAGAACCUACCACUUGUGAGCCAACCCUAUUUGAGGGAGCCUCUAUCCAGGAACUAAUACAAGGAGGCCCAGGGGACUCCCAGUUCGGACAAACCAAGGAUCAGGAUGGGCUGUUGGAAAUGCAGGAAGGACACUUGGGACCAGGGAUGGACCCCCAGAGGGAGAAGCUUCCUGAGAAAAUGAGUCCUGAACAUGGCAGCUUAGGGACAGCUGGUGGUGUGUGUUCAAGGAUUGUAGAGGAGCUGGUCCCUGCAGGAGGUGCUGUCCAUGACCAUGACUCAUGUGGAUCUGGUAAUGACCACAUGAUUCAGGAAGAGGAAAGUAUCUUUAAAUGCAGCGAAUGUGGGAAAGUUUUUAACAAGAAACACCUUCUUGCUGGACAUGAAAAGAUUCACUCUGGUGUGAAGCCCUAUGAAUGCACAGAGUGUGGGAAAACCUUUAUUAAGAGCACACACCUCCUCCAGCACCACAUGAUCCACACCGGGGAGAGGCCCUAUGAGUGCACAGAGUGCGGGAAGGCCUUCAACCGCAGGUCCUACCUUACACAACACCAGCGGAUUCACACUGGAGAGAAGCCUUACAAGUGCAAUGAAUGUGGAAAGGCCUUCACCCACCGCUCCAACUUUGUCUUACAUAAGAGGAGACACACCGGGGAAAAACCCUUUGUGUGCAAAGAAUGUGGGCAAGUCUUCCGACAUAGGCCAGGAUUCCUUCGACAUCACAUCAUUCACAGUGGUGAGAAUCCGUAUGAGUGCUUUGAAUGUGGCAAGGUCUUUAAACACAAGUCAUACCUCGUGUGGCACCAGCAGAUUCACACUGGGGAGAAGCCCUAUGAGUGCAGUGAAUGCGGUAAAGCCUUCUGUGAGAGCGCAGCCCUCAUUCACCACUAUGUCAUCCACACUGGGGAGAAGCCCUUUGAAUGCCUCGAGUGUGGGAAGGCCUUCAACCACAGAUCAUACCUCAAGAGGCACCAGCGGAUUCACACUGGGGAGAAGCCUUUUGUGUGCACUGAAUGUGGAAGGGCCUUCACCCACUGCUCCACUUUUAUCUUGCAUAAACGGGCCCACACUGGAGAGAAACCUUUUGAGUGCAAAGAAUGUGGGAAAGCCUUUAGCACUAGGAAAGACCUCAUUCGGCACUUCAGCAUCCACACUGGGGAGAAGCCCUUUGAGUGCACGGAGUGUGGGAAGGCCUUCAACCGCAGGUCAGGCCUCACCAGGCACCAGCGGAUUCACAGUGGAGAGAAGCCCUAUGAAUGCAUGGAGUGUGGGAAGUCCUUUUGCUGGAGCACAAACCUCAUUCGACAUGCCAUCAUCCACACGGGAGAGAAGCCUUAUAAGUGCAGUGAAUGUGGAAAGGCCUUCAGUCGUAGCUCAUCCCUCACUCAGCAUCAAAGGAUUCAUACUGGGAGAAACCCUGUCAGUGUGACAGAUGUAGGAAGAACCUUCACCAGUGGGCAAACCUCAGUCACCCUCCGAGAACUCCUCUUGGGGAAAGAGUUUUUGAAUGUAAACACCGAGGAAAAUCUUUUGCAGGAGAAAACACCUACCAUGACAUCUGAUCGUACAUACCAAAGAGAAACCCCACAAGUAUCUUCUCUGUGAGAAAACCUGUCACGGAUCAUCAGUAGUGUAAAGACGCAUUGUAGAAAUUGACCCAGCCUAGAGCCUUACUCUACAUCUGAGAGUUCAUCUGUGAGGGAGAGACCAGUGUUUAUUGUGCACUAAGGAAAACUUUAGCUACGUUUUUCCCUUAGUUUACACUGUAGUGUUAUCUCAGGAAUUUUUAUAAAACGAAGGUGGAAACUUAGAUGAAAAAAUGAAAUGCAAACAUAGUUUGAGACUUCUCUGUCAAGGUUAUGGCACUUUGUCAUGGAUCCCUUAGUUUACUUGGGGUGAGGGGAAUGUUAUUUCACAGGCAAAGGGCCUUGACCCUUUAUGUGUCUUAUAUAUACAUUCGUUGCUGUCCAGUAUUGGGAGAGUUAGACACUUGAAGCCAGGUAUUUAAGUAGAUAAAGAUACACAUAUGACACACGGGCAUGUUUUAUUGCACCAGUUAAGACUGUUUCAGGCUUUGGUUUUUUUAAAAAACAAACGGUUCUUUUGGUGGUUUUAAACACCAAACAUUCAGACUUUUUAGUGAUUCAAUCUGUUGUUUAAUUUCUGUAGCUAUAUGGUAAAUCUUAAAAUUGGGUAAAGUGAAUACUUUUAUUAUUUAAAUUAACUCCGCUUUCUAGUUCCUUGGACUUGCCAUAUAAAUCUUAGGAUGCAAAAAAACCUUGCUCACGUGUUUAUAGAAAUUGAUUUAAACCUGUAGAGCAGUUUGUUUAAAAGCAGCACCAUGAACACAGUACAUGGUAUGGUGUUUCAUGUAUCUAAGUAAUUCUUGAUAUUUCAUUACCAUUUUGUAAUAUUGAACAAUACAGGUUCUGUACAUUUUUUUUAGGGUUUAUGUCUAGGUUGUUUGGGGUUUUUUUUUUUUUUUUUAGUGAUUUGUAAAUGGCUUUUUUUGUUUUUUUGGCCUCGAGGCUUGUGGGAUCUUAGUUCUCCCACCAGGGAUAAAACCCAGGCCCCCUACAGUGAAAACGAGGAGUCCUAACCACUGGACUGCCAGGGAAUUCCCUAUUGACAUUGUUUUAAACUUUCAUUUCCACAUAAUCUUUAGUAGCAUACAGAAAGAUAAUUGUUCUGGGGGGUGAUAUUUUAGUAUCUUGCAGCCUUGGCUGAGCUCAGUUAUUUCUAGCCAUUUCUUUGGAUAGAAUCCUUGGUAUUUUCUGCAUAGAAAUGUCAACUGCAAAUAGUUUUCUUUCUUCCUAUUUGUAUACAUAUUAUUUCUUUUUCUUAUGCACUUAUCUAGGACUCUCAGUAUGAUGUUGAGUAAGAGUAGUAAGAGAGGACAUCCUUGACUGGUUUCUGAUAUUAGGGGGAAAAUGGUCAGUUUUCAUCAAGUACAAUGUUAGUUGUAAGGUUGUUUUUUUUCCAUAGAGUUUUCCUGUCAAGUCUAGAAAGUGUCCCUCUGUUAAUUUGCUGAGAUUUUUGUUGUCAUGAAUGAAUGUUGGAUUUUGUCAGAUACUUUAGCUCCAUCAGUUAAUGUGAUCAUCUGGUUUUUAUUCUUUAGCCUAUUGAUAUAGUGUAUUACAUUGAGUUUUGAAUAUUAAACCAGCCUUGCAUCCUUGGAAUAAACCCCACUUGGUUGUGGAGUAUAAAUUUUUUAAUAUAUAUUAAAGCAUUCCAUUUGAUUAUAUUUUUUUGAGCAGGUUUUCCUAUAAUCUCUUGAUUGAUGAUAUGUAGUUGUCAUUCUUUGCUUGUUUUUAACUACCGUCAUUGUCUGGUUUUGGUGUCAAGGUGAUAGUGGCUUCCCAAGUUCUGUUUUUUAGGAAGACUAUGUAAUUGUUUUUAAUUGUUGUUUUAAUGUUUCAUAACAUCCUCCAGUGAACCAUUUGAGCCUGGAGAUUUUCUGGGUACUUUUUAGUUACAUAUUAUUUGAUAAGUAUGGAACUAUUCAGAGUAUCUGUUUUCAUAUUGGAUAAAUUGGAUAGUUGGUCCUCUUCAAGGAAAUGUUUCAUUUCAUCUAACUUUUCUUAUUUGGAGACUUGUUGGGAGUAUUCCCUUAUUAUCUUUUUAAUGGCAACAGGGUCUGUACUUAUAUCGCAUUUUAUUCCUGAUUUUGGAAAUAUGUCACCUCUCUUUUUAAUCAUUGUCAGUCUUAGACAUAUACCAAUUUUACUGAUCAUUUUGAAGAACCAGCACUUUAUUUUAUUGAUUUUUCUAUUGCCUUUCUGGGUGUUUUUUUUGUUUGUUUGUUUUUUUUUUUUUUUUUUUUAUCACACCACGCAGCAUGUGGGAUCUUAGUUCCCCGCAGGGAUCGAACCUAUGCCCCCUGCAUUGAGAGCACAGAGUCUUAACCACUGGCCCGCCAGGGAAGUCCCUUUACCUUUCUGUCCUUAAUUUCACUGAUUUCUGUUCAGGUCUUUAUGAUAUCAUAUCUUCUACUUUGCUUUUAUUUUGCUCUUUUUAUUUUUUGAGGGAUGCUAAGAUUAUUGAUUUGAAACUUUUUUUUUCUUUUUUAAUGUAUCAUUAAGUAUUAUAAAGUUCCUUCAGCACUGUUCCAGCCUUAUCCCACAAGUUUUCAUUACAAUUUAUUCAGUUCUAAAUAUCCCUUGAUUCCCUUAGAGACUUCCUCUGACACCCAUGUAUUAUUCAGAAGUAUAUUGUUUCAUUUCCUACUGUUUGGAGCAUUUUCUGGUAUCUUUUGUUACUGAUUUAUUACUUGUUUCAUGUUUGGUUUGUUUAAAUUUGUUGAAGUUUGUUUUAUGACCCAGGGUGUGGUAUAUCUUGUUCUGUAAGGCUUCUUGAAACGAAUGUGUAUUCUGCUGUUACUGGGUGAAGUUUCUAUAAAUGUCUGCACAAUCCUCUUGGUUGGGGUUAUUGCUCAGAUUUUUUACAUCCUUGCUGACUUUCUGUGUAGUAUUUCUGUCCGUUGCAGAGAGAGGGAUGAUGAAGUCCUGAAGUAUAAUUGAGAAAUUGUCUAUUCCUUACAAGUUCUGUAAGUUUCUGCUUCAUGUAUUUCAAAGUUCUGUUGUUUGGUGCAUACACAUAUAGGAUUGCUAUGUCAUCUUGGUGUAUUGACCCUUUAAUCAUAAUAAAAGGGUUCAUUUUCUUGCCUUUGAAGCAUACUUUAUCUGAUAUUAGUAUAGUCACUACUGCAUUUUUAUUUUAUUUUUUUUGUGGUACGCGAGCUUCUCACUGUUGUGGCCUCUCCCGUUGCAGAGCACGGGCUCCAGACGGGCAGGCUCAGCAGCCAUGGCUCACGGGCCCAGCCGCUUUGCGGCAUGUGGGAUCUUCCCGGACCGGGGCAUGAACCCGUGUCCCCUGCAUCGGCAGGCGGACUCUCAACCACUGUGCCACCAGGGAAGCCCACUACUGCGUUUUUUUAUUAAAGUUUGUAGUCUGUAUUUUUCCAUAAUUUUAUUUUUAACAUCUACAUCAUUAUAUUUGAAGUAAGUUUCUUGUGACAGCAUGUAGUUGGGGUCAUACUUUUUUUUUUAAUCCAUUAUGCCACUUUUAAUUCGUAGGUUUAGAUCAUCUAAAUUUAAAAUAAUUAUUGAUAUGUUAGAGCUUAGAUUUUAUUAAUCUUUUUUGUGUGUGUGUUCCCUUUGUAUUAUUCCUCUUGUUUUCCAGUUUUUAUUAUUUGGGUUCCCCCACCCCAUUUCCUGUGGGUUAUUUUAAUAUUUUUUAGAAUUCCAUUUGAUACGUCUGUAAUGUUUUUGAGUAUAUAUCUUAAUUUUCUUUACGUAUUGUAUUAUGUAUACAUAACUUAUCACAGACUGUUACCAGCGUUUUAGCACUUUGAUGUAUAGAAACCUUGAUUCCAUUAGGUUCACCUACAUUCCCUAUUCUUAAUAUAAUUGUAUUUUCUCGUUGUAUACUGAGAACUAUAUUGGAUAUUGUAAUUUUUGCCUCAACUGAGUUUCCCCCCCCCCACAAAAUUCGUGAGAAGCAUAGUCUGUUUACCUCUACUUUUACCAUUCCAUUGUUGUUUCUCCAUUCUUGAAGUCCCAAGUCUUCUGUUAACAUUUCCAUUCUGUUUGGCAAAUUUCCUGUGGCCUUUUUUCUAGGGUAUGUCUGCUGUUAACAAAUGUUUUUUCUUUUUUCAUCUAAAAAUGUCUUUAUGUUCACUUCAUUCCUGAAGGAUAUUUUUGUGCGACAUAAGACUUGGGGUCCACAGUUCUUUUAGGACAAAAGAAAACAUGUCUGUUUUUUCUUCUGUCCAUCUCCGUUUGUCCAGCAUGGUUUCAGAUGAGAAACCUGCCUUUCAACCCAUUGUUCCUCUAUUUGAAAGGCAUCCUUUCCGUCAGGUGCUUUCAAAGUGUUUUUUAUUAUAAUAUUCAGUUUAUGAUGUGUCCUGGCAUAGCAUUUUUAGGGUUUAUCCUGUUUGGUGUUUUCUCAGCUUUUUGAAUCAUGUGGUGUAUGCUCUUUGCCAAAUUUGGGAGAUUUUUAGUUAUUUUUCAAAUAUUUUUUCAACCCCACACUUUUUCUCCUCUCAGGGACUCCAGUAACGUGAAUGACAAUUCUCACAUUCUUGUUCCAUAGGACCCUCAGGCUCCCAUCUUUUUGUUUCCACCAGUCUGUUUUUCUCUGUUCCGCACAUUGAUUAACUUUCAUUGAUCUCCCUUUGAGCUCACUGGUUUCUUUCUGUCUCGUAUAUAAUCUACUAUUGAGCUCACCCAGUGAGUUUUCAUUUUGGUUUUUGAAUUUUCCAGUUGUUUGAUUUCCAUUUGGUUCUUUUAUACAUCUUCUGUAUUUUUGCCUAGCUUAUAAUGCCAAAGAAGGACUCUGAGAAAACAGGCAAAACUGUAUAGUCCAAGGUCAUGGUUCUCUGGUGGUUUAUCUUGAUGUUGAGAUAGAAAUCCUAGAUUAACUGGAGAAAUGAAAAGCCUGGUAUCCACAAGAAUUUCUGAGAACAGAUCUUACAACUGAGACCUGAAGAUUGUUCAGAGUUGUGUUUAAGGUGCCUGGAUUCUCCGUGAAUCCUACUGUCUUCUGCCUUGUUGCCCAAGCCAGACACACUUUGCAGCCAUUUUUUCAUCAUCACCCACAUCCAGCCACUGUCCCAUUCUGUUCUUUUUUUCCUAGUAGACACUCAGUAUAUGUGUGUUCUAGUGAAUGGCUACAUGCAGCAGGGGAUUUAUAUUAUAAUGUUUGGCUCCCUCACACUGUUUACACAAAGCUGUGUAUAUAGUUGGCACCGUAUAGAACAUAUGUUGACCUUGAAGAAAAUCUACACAAGCUUUUAUGGCCAGAUCAUAGUCAUAAUGAAUGAUUGUUUUGGGUCAUCAAAGACCACCCUCAGUUGCAGUAAUUUGCUGAUUCACAGUACUCUGCGUAUUUUUACAGUCAACAGCUGUGCUUUAUUACACCAAAAUGGUGCAAAGCAAACUCAGCCAAGGGAAAAGGCACAAGGACUGAAGUCCAGAGAAAACCAGGGACAAUCUGCAGUGGUCCUGUCUCAGGGAAGUCACACAGGACAGGCCUAAUUUAAGCUCCAUCAAGGAGUUAACAGCAAUAGAUUGAAAUGUCUACUGGGGAAGCUAAUUAGAGACCCAGUGCCCGGGGUUUCUUGGGGACACUCUAGCACAUACCAAAUUCUAGACCUCUAGAAGGAUAGAUAGAUCUUUGGCGUUAAGCCACACAGUUAAACAAAAAACUUGGGCACACUGAGCCACUCGUCAUUUGUGGGAAUGAUGGGAAAUCUCCCAAAAUCUAAGGUCCCAAACCCCAGCCCUUGCAGAGGUGAACCUUGCAAGCUCAAGAGAAUAGCAGUCUCAGGCCUGCUGUGUUACGUCUUCAUAGUGACUUAAAUGGUACUAAGAUGCCGAUUAAUUCAGACUUCUGUAACAAACAUUAAGCAAAUACAGUUUCCUACAACAAAAAGUGAGUCAUAACUCUGAGGUGAAAUUGUUGUUAAAAAAAAAAAAAUCAGUAAGCCAAAGUAGAACUUAACAAACUAGCCAGGAUUUAAUUUAGUGAUGACAAAGUACAGAGGCAGUCUGGUGACAAAGUUCCUUAUCUCUUCCCAAUAUUAAUGUAUGUAUGUAUAUGUAUGUGUAUGUAUGUACACCACUUGAGGCCAUAUAUAUGUAUAUAAAUGUGUAUAGACCUAAUAUAUAUGUAUUUCUGUGUGUGUAUAUAUAUACAGAUACAUGGCUUCAAGUGGUCUGACUUGCAAAUACACCCACUGCUUGCUUACCCUUAUCUAUAAAGAUGUAAAUGCCAGAUCAAUGCUGUGUGUUCCUAUAGCACAUAAGUCAACAAUUUCUUGUCUCUUUGUUCCUGCUAUUGAUGCUGUUUGCCUCUGUCUUCAACAAAGAGAGAAAUAAGGAAUAUGUGCAUCAUUCAGUGCACCUGACAAGAUUUAAUUAAAGACUUCGUUUCAGGCUUAGUCGCCUUCAUGA